AUGGCGGGCAUGCUCUGCGUUGCUCUCCUCCUCACGUCCCUGAUCUGGUCAGCCGCGCCCACGGCCGGCUUGGCCGGAGAUGGCCGCCGGCAGCAGCAGCUAACCGCGCUGCCGCCGAGGGGCUGGAACUCGUACGACUCCUUCUCGUGGAUCAUCGACGAGGCCGCGUUCCUCGACAACGCGCGGAUCAUGGCCAACAGGCUGCUCCCGCAUGGAUACCAGUACGCAGUGAUAGACUUCCUGUGGUACCGGAGGAUCGCCGCCGGCUCGGGGGUGGGCGCGUACGGCUUCGACAGCAUGGACCAGUGGGGGCGCCCGUACCCUGACCCCCAGAGGUUCCCGUCGGGCCGAGGUGGCGGAGGGUUCAGGCCGAUCGCCGAUAAGGUCCAUGCCAUGGGCCUCAAGUUCGGAAUCCACCUCAUGAACGGGAUCAGCACCCAGGCCGUCAACGCCAACAUGCCCAUCCUCGACGUCCGCACGAUCCUGAAAGAGCUUGAGAGACCAGUCGUCCUAUCCAUCUCCCCCGGAACCGCUGUCACUCCAGCAUUAGCUGAGAAUAUCACACAACAUGUUGACAUGUACAGGGUAACAGGAGAUGACUGGGACAGCUGGAAAGAUGUUCGCCCACAUUUCGAUGUCGCCAGGUAG